CAAAACAGAAAACGCAAGAAUUUGGUUAAAAGAAAAUAUCAGUGUAAAAAAAUUUCGUUUUGUAAAUUUACAGGAAAAAUUAUUAAAUUCAAUCACAUAAUAAAAUCCCACUAAACAGCAAAAUCACGCAAUAAAUGAAAUCAUGAAUAAUUAAAGUAAAUAAAUCAGAAGGCACGAUAUAACGAAUUUCGAAAACAUUACCAAUUAAUCAUAGAAUAAACAAAUUCCCAUUUUAUAUAGAAGCCACAUAAAACAACAAAUUUAAGAAAUCUACGCAGCAGUAGCAGAAUAUAAUAUACAAAUAAACGUUUUUUAACGUUUAUUUCUUUCUAAAUUUUCAACUUAAUUUCCAAAAAAAAAAAAACACGAAAAACGAAACACAGUUGCAGCUUUAACCCAAAGAAAAAACGGUUACUGUUGUCGCUGUGAAACUGUUUUUCCUUUAAACAGGAGUAAACAAUUGAAUAUGUGCGAUUCUAGUUCAAAACAACAAAAAUGGAAAUGCGAUUAUUGCACCUACGAAAAUUUUCCCUCCGCUAUAAAGUGUACCAUGUGUAAAGCUGUUAAGCCAAUGGUUAAUGAGGAUAUAUUCAGACUUAGCCCUCCUCAAAUAUCAUAUGAGACCGAAGGUGAGGCCCGAGGUGCUGCUGUAGCUGAAGUUGUAGAUGUUGAGCCAUCUAGUUUUAAUGCUUGUUCACGCCCAACUCAAGACACACAAAAUUCAGCUGGAGCUGCUACGGCGGCCAACGAUAGCAAAUGGUCUUGUAAAAUGUGUACUUAUUUAAAUUGGCCGCGUAGUUUACGUUGUGUUCAAUGUUAUACGAAAAGAGCGAAUGCUUCCGAUAACAGUCCCUCGCAAGAUAUCGGUGCUAUUUCAGUGACCUCCUUUAAACAGCAACAGCCUACACCUCACAGUGAAUUAGAACAAAAUAUCAAUUCAGCUAUGCAAAAACAUAAACGAUUUAGCGACAACUUAGACCCAAAAUCAAUAAUAGAUUGUGGCUCGAUGGCCGAAGCUAUUAUGAAUAAUUCACAGCAUCUGAUUCAUAAUCCCCAGCAACAACUACAAGAGAGGCUAAAUAAACUGCAUAUAGCAACAAAUAUUGAUGCAGAAAUGAAUGCUAGUAAUAAUGCAGCCAGUGCUAAUGCUGCUGCAACAGGAGCUGCCGCCCAACGUCUGAGUCCUGUGGAAGGUUCAACUACUCAUCUCAAUAAUCUCGCCAAUAGUUCACAAACUCAACAACAACAGCAACAAUUAACUUCACAAUCCACCUCCACUUCUGCUACAACAUCCUCCUCUAAUCCCCAACAACCAAAUUAUAUUAAAAAAUGGGCCUGCAAUACAUGUACUUAUGAAAACUUUCCAAAAAGUCUCAAAUGCUCGAUGUGUGGCAGUCCUCGUGAUAUCAAUAGUUCUGGAGGUGGUGUUGUUGGUGGCAACGCCGCCCAUAGCAUUGAGAAUAAUGCCAGCGGUAUUAGUAAUAAUCAAACAAAUGUAACCUGCAGUGAUAAAUUGAAUGAUACCGUCUCAUCAAAUAAUUCCUUCAAUAAACAGCAAAAUAUUUAUCAACUGGGUUCAGAUACUAUAAACAACUGUGAUACGAUGCAAGAAAGACAAGAACGUCGAAUACGUCAAAUAAGACGUCAAGUAGACUGGCAAUGGUUAAAUGCCUGUUUAGGUGUGGUGGAGAAUAACUUUAGUGCGGUGGAAGCGUACUUGUCGUGUGGCGGCAAUCCGGCACGUUCAUUAACCAGUACUGAAAUAGCAGCUCUCAAUCGCAAUUCUGCCUUUGACGUGGGCCAUACACUGAUACACUUGGCCAUACGAUUUCAUCGAGAGGAAAUGUUACCCAUGCUGUUGGCACAAAUUUCCGGUUCUGGACCGGGUAUUAAGAGAGUACCCUCGUAUGUGGCACCCGAUUUAGCAGCUGAUAUACGUCGUCACUUCGCCAAUAUGUUGCGUAUGCGCAAGUCCGUGUUUCCCUGUACUUACGUACACGAGCAUGCGACAUUCUCUCUGCCGGCAGAAAUAGAAGAACUACCUUUGCCCAUACAAGAGCAACUGUACGAUGAGUUGUUAGAUCGUGAUGCUCAAAAACAAUUGGAAAAUCCACCACCAGCCUUAAAUUGGUCUUUGGAAAUAACCGCUCGUCUGGGUUCAAGAUUAAUGGUGUUGUGGAAUCGUAGUGCUGGCGAUUGUCUAUUGGAUUCGGCCAUGCAAGCCACUUGGGGUGUGUUUGAUCGUGAUAAUAUAUUGAGAAGGGCCCUGGCUGAUAGUUUACAUCAAUGUGCGCCCAUUUUCUAUUCACGCUGGAAGGAAUAUGAAAUGGUUCAGGCCUCUAUGCUACAUUUCACCCUGGAGGAAGCUCAGUGGCAGGAGGAUUGGACCACACUGUUAUCAUUAGCCAGUCAACCGGGCGCUUCUCUCGAACAAUUGCAUAUUUUUGCUUUAGCCCAUAUACUGCGUAGACCCAUUGUGGUGUAUGGUGUCAAAUAUGUUAAAAGUUUUCGUGGCGAAGAUAUUGGUUAUGCCAGAUUUGAAGGACUUUAUUUGCCUUUGUUUUGGGAUCAAAACUUUUGCAUAAAAUCACCUAUAGCUUUAGGUUACACUCGAGGACACUUUAGUGCUCUUGUACCAAUGGAACCCUACGCCCGCAUUGAUUUGCGUCGUGAUGAACCCGAGGAUGUAACAUACUUGCCGCUUAUGGACUGUGAAUCGAAAUUAUUGCCGAUACAUUUUCUAACUCAGGCCGAGAUGGGUCGUGAAGAGUCCAUUAUGAGACAAUGGCUUGAUGUCUGUGUCACAGAGGGCGGCUUAUUGGUAGCCCAACAAAAAUUACGUAAACGUCCGCUUUUAGUAGCCCAAAUGCUGGAGGAAUGGUUGAACCAUUACCGUAGAAUAGCACAAGUGAUUACAGCACCAUUUGUGCGAAGGGCACAUCAACAAAUCGGCUACUCAAGUGAUGGCGAUUCCGAUGAAGAGUAAGUCUGCAACACAAUGUUAUUUUUCUUUUUAAAUUUGCUUAAAACAACAUCUACAAUGAUAUAUUUGAUAUAAAUUUAAAUAUUUUAGUAGAGAAUUUAUUUUCAUUAUUUGUUUUCAUUUUGAAAUAGUUACAACUAAACUUAUUAAAAAAAUACAAAAAAUAAUACUAAAUAAAUUAUAAAAACCGUGUUAUAAUAAAUGUUACAAAAAAUAUCCCAUUCUUUAAAAGAAAACCAACCCAAACAAACAAAAAAUACACUCACUUUUUAUUAGCUAAAAUUUUAAAUUAAAAAAAGAUAAUAAUAAUAAAAAUAAUACAAUUGGAAUCAAAAUAUUACAAAACAACAAAAAUGAAAUGUAUGUGGGUGGAGUGUGAAUGCGUUAAAUUAUUUAAAUAUGAAUGUGCAAAUGAACAUAAAUAUAUAAAAUCUUAGAUAAAAUUACAAGGGAUUAUAUGAAAAAGGCAAUUAAGUCAACAAUUAAAAGUUAUUUAAACCAUAAAACAUACAAAAUAAGAAAACAGUUGAAUUUCCCCAUAAAACCAGAAAAUAAAACCAGCACACUUUAAUAUUUCAUGUAGUUAUUAAUUUUAGUGAAUUACAACAAUAUAGUUUAUUCUUUUUUUCCCUUCCCUUGAAACCAAGAAAUUAUAAGAAAAAUAAACUACAUUUCUUUACUAAAAAAAAAUUAAUUUCCUAGAUUGUCUCUCCCCAGUGCCGGUGAUUUUAAUUAGAAAAAAAGUUUAACAUUAACAUUAUUAAAUAACUAUUAUAAUAAUUUAAAUUUAAAAGGCAGUAAAUAAAAUUAACGUAAAGAAACUCUAUAUACAAUCCUUUUUUUAAAGAAAUUAAUAAAUAAAUAAUUAAAUUAAUAUAUUAAUAAUAUGUACUACAUUAUAAAUGGUAUUUAAGAUAAAAAUUAUUAUUAAAUAGUUGUUUUAUUAUAUUAUAUUUUAUUAUUUAAUUAGGUUCUUUUUUCUUUACUUAUUUGAAUUUUUAAAGAUUAAAGAAGGCCUUAUUCAUGAUACAUUUUUAAAUUUAUUACAGCUUUAUGAAACAAAUUUUUUGUAAUGAAAUUUUGUUUUAUAAACUCUUUAUAAAAUUAAAAAUUUAUUGAUAAAUAAGGGGGUAUAUUAUAUUAAUUAUAUAUACGUACAUAUACAUAAUAUGAUGAUGAAUAAAUAAAAACUGAAUUAUUUUGUUGGUAAUGUUAUUUAAUUAAUGAAUUGAAAUAAAGAAAACAAAUAAAUUCUUGUAAUCAUUAUGCAAAAUGAAUAAAAAAAAAAGUAAAUUGAAAAUACAAAAAAAAAAAUUAAUACAAA